CGCCAUCAUUGUUUGUGUUUUUUUCCAUUCUGGACUGAGUCGAUUCGUUGCUUGCUAAGAGCUCAGAGAGCAUUUACUGGAAAACACCAUAAAACACGUUUAUGUUUAUAAAAGCGUUUUUGAGGAAAAACAAGCUGCCAUGGAGUCUCGGUUUGCUCACCUGCGUCAGCGGGACACCAGUGUAUCUAUGCUGAGAGUAAAAAUGUCCCGCAGAAGGUCUCAGUCCCAGAAGGAGAAUCGAGAACGGGCCAUGAACGCACGCAGGCAGCUAGACAAGCUCCCAGAGCUGGAAAUGUCUUCCCUGGAUGUCUCCAUUGCCGCAACCCACAUGUCAACCAUUCAGGAGAGGACACAGAGCAAUGCAAAAUCUGCUGAAAGUAGAGCAGAAGACAGGUUAAAACAGCUUGAGCGCUGGAAAGAGCGUAAGGCUUUUGAGAGAGAAAAGAGAGAAAGGGAGCUGAAAGGGGUAUUUAAGACUGGCCUGUAUCAUCCAAAGGACACUCUUACCCUCAUCCCUCUGCCUGUAGUUCCAGCUGCCCCAAAUGCCCCAAAAAGAGCUAAAGAGAUAAAAGUGAACCUAGCUCCAUCACAGAGUACCAGAGUCACUCGCUCAAUGAAACAGCAGCAGCAACUGAAGCCUAUGAAGGCACAAGACCCUCAUGCUUUGGCAAAGAAAGCUCAGCCUGCUGUGGAGAGAUCAAAGAGGAGCCAGGUAGCUCCUGUCAAGCCAGCUCCAACCAAGACCAAAGUUUGUGCAGUGGAGCCCAUCGUAGGAGCUUUGACAUCCAGAUCAACCAACAGGCCUCCUGUUACAGCAGUUCCUUUAGUGAAACAUAAACCCAAGGACAAGACUGCAGAUGUAAGAAUAACAAGGAGCAGAGCAGUUGUCAACACUGUGGCUCCCCCUCUUGGCAGAGAAGGGAAAUGUAAAGCACCUGUCAUUAACAACAACAUUCAACCUCCUGUCAACAUGGAGCCCAAGCUGAAGGAGCCAGAGGAAGAGCCUCAUUCUCCCAGCCUGACACAGUGUUCUGAUGAGGAACACACAGCGGUGGACCAAGCCCCAGCUGAUUCUGUCCCUGCUUCGAAUCCUGUUGUGGCUCUACCUUCUUUAUCUUCAUUUGCUCCUGACAGUUUUGUCUUCCAGGUGCCCGCUGGUUUGUCACCCUUCAAGUUUGAGCCUCUCACUCCUCGCUCAGCAGAUGCCUUCCUUACACCAAGCUGCAGCUUCAGCCUGCCACCAGCUCCCAUGUUUAGUGCUGAGCCAAGUGAACCGUCACCAUCUAGAUCCCCACAUUGCUCUCCUCCUCGUACAUCUCCUACAGUGGCCCCUCUGACUCCAGGCAGCCCCCUGGAAUCAAAGCAUGAUGUACUAUACUUCAGAUCAGAAAUUGCCAAUGAGACGGACAGACUGACGGCGCUCUGUGUCCACUGGGAGUCUAAAGUGGAGGAUGAAUCCAUUCCUGAAGAGAUGAGAGACUAUAUGCGUACGGUAGUCGGCCAAGCAAAGCUGCUGAUAAAAGAGCGCUUUAACCAGUUUAGCGGUCUGGUGGACGACUGCGAGCUGGGCUGUGGGGAGAAGAUCAUCACAUGCACUGACCUGCAGGGAUUCUGGGACAUGGUUUAUUACCAGGUAGAGGAUGUCAACAAGAAGUUUAACGCUCUCAAAGAAGCAGAGGGUCGAGGCUGGGUGGAGGAGCACCAGCCCCCACCACGACAGAGGAAAGUAGUGAAGAAACCAUCAGCUGCAUCUUUUAAGCCAACGGGAACCAAAGCAGCAGCCAAGUCUCGCCUGGCUGCCGUGAAAGCAGCCAUGAAAGCCAGACAGCAGAAAGCUGAGGCAGAGAAAGCAGCAAAGGAUGCUGGUAACACUGAGGACAACCAGUGCCUGAACUCUCAGGAACCACAUCCCCAAGCAGAGGCACAAGUCCCAGACACAGUGGUUUUUGAUGGAGGCUUCUUCCAAGUGGAGAGUCCAGCCAAAGCGUUAGGUUCAGUGAGGAGAUCCAGCCGUCUGAGUGCUGCUGUACUGCCUCGGGUGUCUCCCUUCUCCAAUAGUUUUACACCUAGAAGAAGCACUCAACGAUCGGUCGCACUGUCACAGACCCCGGUGCAGAUGAACGCCCAGCCUGUCUACACUCCUGCUCACCUUCAUCUUAUCCUCAACCAAACCCCGGCAAAAGCGCUGAAGUCUCAGCAAGGCACCCCUGAAUUGACCCAGAAGAGAAAGGAUGUUGUCAAUGUCUCUCUGUGUUUCUCCCCUGUCAAGGAAGUGUGCACAAGCCCGGUAGAACAGUCAGGAACAGUCUCCCCCCAGGAUGACACGGCUGCUGUUCCUGAAUUGGUCACACCCAUACCUGUACAUUCACUUCUACCCAUUGUAGUCGAGGAACAAGACAAACCAGCUGAAGCUGUCAACAUUGACCUCCCUCUCUCUUCAAGUUUGUCCCUCUCUCCAUGUAAAAUGCCUACAUUCUCCAAGGACCCUGAGCCCUCAUCAUCUCUGAGUUUCACACUGUCACCAUGUGGAACUCCCAGCCAACCUGCCAUGGCCUCCCCUCCCCCUGUGCAGGGCCUUUUGGAAGCCCAAGAGUCCUUGUGUCCUGUGCCAGACACCUCAGUUGCUGAGGAAAGUUUGGGGUUGGAUGAUUGUUACCUCCAGCCUUCACAAAGAUGCAGCCUGCCAUCGAGUGAGGCAGUUGCCAUAGAGAUGCAGUCACCUGCAGCAGUGGAUGUAGAGAUGAGAAGUCCCAGAGAUCAAUCUGAGGACCUGCUAACUCAGAGAGAGCCAGCACAGAUAGCAGUGCCUUCAGUUUUCACACUUCAGUCACCACAGAGCCAGACAGCAGAGUCUGCCCUGCUUCUGUUUAUCCCAGAUGUGAAGGACCGGAUACGGGAAUCUGUGUGUCCUAGUGACCUCAUGGUGUUCACCCCUCCGUCAAACAAAUAAAGUUGUUUCUUUUUAUAAAACAAAGU